GGGAGGCGCCGAAAGCUCGGCAACAUGGCUUCCCCGCCCCCCCAGCAGCUGCUGCAUCACCACAGCACCGAGGUGAGCUGCGACUCCAGCGGGGACAGCAACAGUGUGCGGGUCAAGCUCAACCCCAAGCAGCUCUCGUCCGGCAGCCACGCCAAGCACUGCAAGUACAGCAUCUCGUCGAGCUGCAGCAGCUCUGGGGACUCCGGGGGCGGGCCGCGGAGGGCGGGCGGCGGUGUCGGCCGCGGGCGCCGGCGGAAGAAGCUGCCACAGCUGUUCGAGAGGGCCUCCGGCCGCUGGUGGGACCCCAAGUUCGACUCGGUGAACCUGGAGGAGGCGUGCAUGGAGCGCUGCUUCCCGCAGACCCGGCGCCGCUUCCGCUACGCGCUCUUCUACGUCGGCUUCGCCUGCCUGCUCUGGAGCGUCUACUUCGCGGUCCACAUGCGGGCCAGGCUGCUGGUCCUGGCCGCCCCCGCGCUGUGCUUCCUGGUGGUGUGCGCGGGCUUCUAUCUGUUGACCUUCACCAGGCUGUAUGCCCGGCACUACGUGUGCACCGCACUGGUGCUCGCGCUCCUGGUGUUCGCCCUGACGCUGGCGGUGCAGGUUCAGGUUGUGACGCCUCUCUCAGGGCGCACUGGCAGCUCCAACCACACCCCUGCUGCCAGGCCCCCCGCCAGCUGCCUGUCUCGAGUGGGGAGCUUCUCCAUGUGCAUCGAAGUGCUCUUGUUGCUGUACACCGUCACGCACUUGCCUUUGUAUUUGAGCCUGUUCCUGGGAGUGGCCUACUCUGUCCUCUUUGAGACCUUUGGCCACUAUUUCCGAGAUGCAGACUGCUUCCCCCCGGCGGUGGCAGGGACCGCGGCCCUGCACUGGGAGCUGCUGAGCAGGGCCCUGCUGCACCUCUGCAUCCACGCCAUUGGGGUUCACCUGUUCAUCAUGUCCCAGGUGAGGUCCCGGAGCACCUUCCUCAAGGUGGGGCAGUCCAUCAUGCACGGGAAGGAUCUGGAAGUGGAAAAAGCCCUCAAAGAGAGGAUGAUCCACUCGGUGAUGCCCAGAAUCAUUGCGGAUGACUUAAUGAAACAGGGGGAUGAUGAGAGUGAGAAUUCCGUCAAGAGGCACGCCACCUCGAGCCCCAAGAACAGGAAGAAAAAGUCUUCCAUACAGAAAGCACCUAUAGCCUUCCGCCCCUUUAAAAUGCAGCAGAUUGAGGAGGUUAGUAUUUUGUUUGCAGACAUUGUGGGCUUCACCAAGAUGAGUGCCAACAAGUCGGCCCAUGCCCUGGUGGGGCUCCUGAACGAUCUGUUUGGUCGCUUCGACCGCCUGUGUGAGGAGACCAAGUGUGAGAAGAUCAGCACCCUGGGGGACUGUUACUACUGUGUGGCUGGCUGUCCUGAGCCCCGUGCGGACCAUGCCUACUGCUGCAUCGAGAUGGGCUUGGGCAUGAUCAAAGCCAUCGAGCAGUUCUGCCAGGAGAAAAAAGAGAUGGUGAACAUGCGUGUCGGGGUUCACACAGGCACCGUCUUGUGUGGCAUCUUGGGCAUGCGGAGGUUUAAGUUCGACGUGUGGUCCAAUGACGUGAACUUGGCCAACCUCAUGGAGCAGCUGGGAGUAGCUGGCAAGGUCCACAUUUCGGAAGCCACUGCGAAAUACUUAGAUGAUCGGUACGAGAUGGAAGAUGGGAAGGUGUGUGAGCGCCUGGGCCAGAGUGUGGUGGCUGACCAGUUGAAAGGUCUGAAGACAUACCUGAUAUCGGGUCAGAGAGCGAAGGAGUCCCAUUGCGGCUGCUCAGAGGCCUUGCUUUCUGGCCUCGAGGUCAUUGACGGCUCCCGGGGGUCUUCAGGGUCGCCAGGGAGUGUCAGUGACUCUGCACAGCCUGUCAAAACCUUUGAUAACCUUAAGACCUGCCCUUCGUGUGGAAUCACGUUUGCUCCCAAAUCUGAAGCUGGUGCAGAAGGGGGAGCAGUCCAGAAUGGCUGUCAAGACGACCAGAGAAACAGCACCAAGGCUUCUGGAGGACCUAAUUCCAAAGCCCAGAAUGGACUUCUGAGCCCUCCACCGGAGGAAAAGCUCACCAGCAGUCAGACUUCCCUGUGUGAGAUGCUGCAGGAAAAGGGACGGUGGGCAGGGGUCAGCUUGGACCAAUCCGCUCUCCUUCCGCUGCGAUUCAAGAACAUCCGGGAGAAAACAGACGCUCAUUUUGUUGAUGUUAUUAAAGAAGACAGCCUGAUGAAAGAUGACUUUUUUAAACCACCCAUUAACCAGCUCAGCUUGAACUUCCUGGACCAGGAACUAGAGCGAGCCUACAGGACCAGCUACCAAGAAGAGGUCGUCAGGAGCGCUCCCGUGAAGACUUUCGCCAGUGCCACCUUCAGCUCCCUCCUGGAUGUGUUCCUGUCAGCAACCGUGUUCCUGGUCCUCUCUGCCACCUGCUUCCUCAAGUAUGGGGCCACUGCCUCACCCCCGCCACCUGCUGCCCUGGCCGUCUUCAGCGUCGCCCUGCUGCUGGAGGUGCUGUCCCUCGUCGUCUCUGUGAGGAUGGCAUUCUUCCUGGAGGACGUCAUGGCGUGCACUAAGCGCCUGCUGGAGUGGGUCGCUGGCUGGCUCCCGCGGCAUUUCAUUGGGGCGAUCCUGGUGUCACUUCCCGCCCUCGCCGUCUAUUCACACAUCACCUCCGAGUUUGAGACAAACAUACAGUUCACCACACUCGUGUGCUCGGCCAUCCUGAUCACCGUCGUGCAGUAUUGCAACUUCUGCCAACUUAGCUCCUGGAUGCGGUCCUCGCUGGCCACCCUCGUCGGGGCUGGGCCCCUGCUCCUGCUCUACAUCGCCCUGUGUCCAGACAGUUCCGUCGUGAUCACGCACCUUGACACGGGACAGAACCUCAGUUCCGAGGGGAGUGCGUGCAACGGCUUGCUGCCGCACCACAGCUGGAAGCCGGCCAAUCUGAUCGGCCAGGAGGCGCUUCUGGUCUUCUUUCUUCUGCUGCUCCUGGUCUGGUUCCUGAACCGAGAGUUCGAAGUCAGCUACCGCCUGCACUACCAUGGCGACGUGGAGGCGGACCUGCACCGCACCAGGAUCCAGAGCAUGCGGGACCAGGCGGACUGGCUGCUGAGGAACAUCAUUCCCUACCACGUGGCUGAGCAGCUCAAGGUCUCCCAGACCUACUCCAAGAACCACGACAGCGCAGGGGUCAUCUUCGCCAGCAUCGUCAACUUCAGCGAGUUCUACGAGGAGAACUACGAGGGGGGCAAGGAGUGCUACCGGGUCCUGAACGAGCUCAUUGGGGACUUUGAUGAGCUCCUGAGCAAGCCGGGCUACAGCAGCAUCGAGAAGAUCAAGACCAUCGGGGCGACCUACAUGGCUGCCUCGGGGCUGGACACGGCCCAGUGCCGGGACGCAGGCCACCCGCAGGAGCACCUGCAGAUCCUCUUUGAGUUCGCCAAGGAAAUGAUGCGUGUGGUGGACGACUUCAACAACCACAUGCUGUGGUUCAACUUCAAGCUCCGUGUCGGCUUCAACCACGGGCCCCUGACGGCCGGGGUCAUCGGCACCACCAAGCUGCUGUAUGACAUCUGGGGGGACACGGUCAACAUCGCCAGCCGGAUGGACACCACCGGGGUGGAAUGCCGCAUCCAGGUGAGCGAAGAGAGCUACCGCGUCCUGAGCAAGAUGGGCUACGACUUCGACUACAGAGGGACAGUGAACGUCAAGGGCAAAGGUCAGAUGAAGACCUACCUCUACCCCAAGUGCAUGGACAACGGGAUUGUGCCGCAACACCAGCUGUCCAUCUCCCCGGACAUCCGGAUCCAGGUGGAUGGCAGCAUUGGGCGGUCGCCCACCGACGAGAUCGCCAACCUGGUGCCUUCUGUACAGAACAUAGACAGGGCGUCUCUUGGUUCCGAUAACAGCAUGCAGGCCAAGGACGUCCAUCUGUCUUCUAAGAGGCCCUGGAAGGAGCCCAGCCGAGCGGGAGAGAGGGGUCGAGUUAGCAGAACCCCGGAGAAAAGGGACUGUGAGGAGGCAGAGCUGGAGGAAGCCGGCGAGCUCACCAAGCUGAGCGUUUCCAGGAGCGUUUGA